AUUUUCCAAUCAAAUUCUUUCAAGAAAUCACUCCACAUUCAUAGGAAGACAUAAACAAAGCAUAAUCUCAAUUGGGUUCCAAUCCUUUCGGAUAUUUUAAGAUUAAUCAGCGAAGUCUCAGCUGGAUGGAUGUGUUCGAGGAGCGAGCUACUGUAAUGGGUGAUUUGGUUUGACUUUCUUCAAAAUCGUGCCUUUAUUUGGAACAUUUGAAGAACAGAAACCCCCCAAAAUAACCCAUAAAACGGAGAUCGAAACAACGCCGGUUGAAUUUUCAACAAAACCCUCCACCGCUGCCGCCGCCGCUGCCACCGCUGCCACGGGCACCGUAUGAUCUAGAUAAAGAAGAUCCAAAUAUACCCCCUUUUUUUAGUAACAUUACAAAUCUUUAACCCCACUUUUUUGGGGCUGUUUGUCUGUUCUUUCACUUUUUCCUUUCGGAUUUAUCACGAGUUUUGUUUAAUCUAUAAUACCCUCUUUGUUCUUCUUGUUCUUCGUGUUCUUCGUGUUCUUCGUGUGUUCUUCUCCAAACAUGGCUGUUUUUUCCCUUUUUGUCUAUGUUCUUGCCCUUUGUUCUUUAGGGUUUGUGUCCUCAAAAUCCCUUUCCCGAUCUUCAUUUUGCCCUAAAGAAUCUGAUUUCUUUCUCUAUGGUGUUCGAUCUCAAUGCCCUUUCUCUGAGAUUUCCAGCUCGCCGUUACAGGUUGAUGGGAAUUAUAUCGAUGGGACGUUGACUAAUUACGAGACGAUCGGCUACACCUCCGUGCUCUUCUAUGCUUCGUGGUGCCCGUUUUCUCUCCGUUUACGACACACAUUUGAAGCUCUCAGUUUCAUGUUUCCUCAAAUCGAACACGUGCUGGUUGAGCAAUCUUCUACGCUACCAAAUGUACUCUCAAAAUAUGGAAUCCACAGCUUUCCAUCUAUAUUGCUGGUGAACGGUACAUCACGUGUUCGAUAUCACGGUCAAAAAGAUAUACUUUCCCUUGUUCGUUUUUAUAGCCGAAUAACAGGAUUAAAACCGAUACCGUACUAUAGCGACCGUGACUUAGCUACAAUAGAGAGAAUUGGAAAGCCAGUUAUCCAACGACAACAUAUCGAAGACGAACCGUUAUUGAUAUUCUCUUUCGUUUUCAUCUGUCUCCGUCUAGCAAUCUAUAAAUUACCACAUUUGUUGUAUCACUUAAACAAUCUAUGCAGAUCUUACAUACCCCACCUGAACUUGGAAAUAUUUGGCGAAACUCGACAACUAAUAGGACGCAUCCUUCACAUGCUCGAUAUUAGAAGGGCGUGGGCCAAGCUAAGGCUAUACAAGACGAAGAACUUCCACAAGGGAGCAAGGAACGCUCGUGUUUGGGCAUCGUCUUUGGCAUCUGUCUCGUUGGGUGAAUCCUCGUCUUCGAGAUCGACAUAAGUUCACCCAAAACCUUGUAAAAACAAAAAAAAAAAAAACGAAACUUUUGAUGUUAGAAUCGUCUUACUCUCUUGUCAAACACGUAUUUUUCUUGCAAUUAGAGGUAGUAGAGUGUAGUGGGUAGGCUAUUUUGCCUCCUCUUGUGAAGGCAUGUACAAAUUAUCUAUUAUUAUAUGGUAUGAUUACACAUUACACAC